UGACAGUGGUAAACAGACGUCAGAAGGGAGUCUUCGCCUCGAGUCAAAACAAAACAAAACAAAACAAGUCAAAAAGAUACAGAAGGAGUGAAUAUUUGGACAGCCACAGCGACUGGAAGUGUUACAAAACUCAUCGCUGAUGAAAAGCGGUCACUUGGAGGAAGUUAUCGGGGGCUUUUCGCGGAGUUUUUCACGGAUUGUAAACUCUGGAGUAGCAGGAGCUUAACCAGCUAACGUUACGGUGGCUAUCGUGCUGUUUUCAAAGUGAGGCGAGUGGGAGCCGACAGACUUCCGAGGCGACCCAACUUCACCCAACAGCCGGGAAUUCGCUUUGUAGUUCGUUCACCGAGACCGCGGGGCGAAGAUCGGCGGAGCUCCGGGCCUCGGUCGAGAGGGUUUUAUAACCGCUUCUUCGAGCAUCGUGUGCCGCGGCAGGAGUAUGGAGAAACAUGGCAGAUGGUGACAUGCGCCUGGCCGCAAUGUGGUGGAUCAUGCAGACCUGAAGCACGGACUUUUCCUACGGACAUUUCUCUCAUUUUCCCAUUUUUACUAUCUUUCAAAAACACUACUAAACCGCCAUCAAAAUCUGCUCUCCCAUUUCCUCGUCCCUCAGUCGACAUUUCUUUGGUUGUUAAAUUACAACGGCUUUAACAUACAGGCCAAAGAGACGGCGGCCAGUCUCUUUACUGGUUUUUACACUUUUUGGCAGUUGGCUAACACAACCAUUGCUGGGAUAAUCGGCCGGUCUAUGUUUUUUCACUUGACUUUGAUGUACCGGACCGAUUUGUGACUUUGCAUAUUUUUUUUAAAGUUUGUGUUGAGUUUGUAUUUGGCUUGUGGAGAGUCCAGACAUCACGUUGUUUACAAGUGGAGACAGACAGGGGCUCUCCUGAGAGGAUCCUUUGUAACAGUAGCCAGCUAAUCCCUGUUUGUACUCUUCAUAGCUUUGCCGUAAUAAUCCUAGGUUUGAAUGAGAAAAUAUAUGCAUCAUUUUACAAAUUUGGCACGAAAUAAUUCAUUUUGAUCUACUCUUAAAAUAUUAGUUUGACAAAGUAUAAAAUAUUCUUUUUACAACAUUACCAAUUGACACAUAUUUAAAUUGUUUAUUAACAGGAAUGGCAUUAUCUUGUAUCCAUAUACCUUUAAUAUUUUGGUGUUCAUUUUCAGGUGAGCCCAAACCUCUGUAGAUCCAGAUGUUUUGGUGCUCAUUGCCGCUCUGCCACUUUUGUUUUUAUUUCAUUCAAACAAAGGGACUCUCAUCCCAGCCCUUCUUCAUUCUAUAUAAAUCGGAAGGUUUAUGAUAGUUACUAUUAAGGAGAUUAUUUGGGUUCCCUAAUCUCCAAUCUGAGGAUUAACUGAGGCUAUUGGUGUGUCCAGAUUAUUACGUCUCCUCUGCAGGGCCCUCUGUUUACACCCCCGCAGGGGCUGAGGCAUAUUGUUUUUGUGUCAGGAAGUUUUUUAACGCAUCAUCCCCUGAAACUUCAAUUUUUAAAGGUAGAUGCUUUAAGUGGUCCCAUCUUUUUGGUUGAGAGGAAGUUCAGAGGACCGCCAUGGAGGAGUCGUCGGUGCCCCCGAUUGACCCAGAUUUCGAGCCACAGAGCAGACCCCGCUCCUGCACGUGGCCGCUGCCAAGACCCGACAUCUCGGUUGUCAAACCGGAGGGGGCGGAUGGCUCCGAGUCCGCCGCUGGGACCCCGCCCGCCGACGAGGACAAACCCGAGCCACAGCAAAUCACGUCCGAGCCGGAGAAGGCGGCAGCAGCGGCCGAGGGAGGGGCCGUGGCCGCCGUGGGCGGAGCCGGCGCGACGCCCCGCAAAGGAUCAUCCCGGCGCAACGCGUGGGGGAACCAGAGCUACGCUGAUCUGAUUAGUCAGGCCAUCGAGAAUUCACCUGAGAAGAGGCUGACUCUGGCUCAGAUCUAUGAGUGGAUGGUGAAAACAGUGCCUUACUUCAGAGACAAAGGAGACAGCAACAGCUCAGCCGGCUGGAAGAAUUCAAUUCGCCACAAUUUAUCACUCCACAACAAGUUCUUGAGGGUACACAAUGAAUCGACAGGUAAGAGUUCCUGGUGGAUGCUUAACCCUGAGGGAGGUAAGACUGGGAAGGCUCCUCGCCGCCGGGCCGCCUCCAUGGACAACAGCAGCAAACUGCUGAAGAGCCGCAUGAGGGCCAAGCAGACCAAGAAGCAGGCGGGAGCAGCUGGCCUGGGUGGUGCUGGAGGGGUGCAGGGCGACGGCAGCACAGGUUCAGCGGGCGCAGACAGCCCUAAUUCGUCCCAGCAGUUUCCCAAAUGGGGUGUCAACAGCAGCAGCCCCUCAUCUCGCGGCAGCCUGGAUGACGCUGACAUGUGGACCACCUUCCGCUCACGCACAGGCUCUAACGCCAGCACCCUGAGUGGACGUCUGUCCCCCAUUGCUCCUGGACAGGAGGACGACGAUAACCUGCCUGAGGACGGACUGUUGGGAAGAUACACUGCCAGCAGCUUGACCCCCACCCUCACAGAGACCCUCAUGGAGGAGCUGGAUCUGAUCGACGGCCUCACAUUGAUGACUGGGCAGCAGGGAGGGGCCAGUCCCAGCACAGCCCCACCAGCACCUCCCACUCCACUGCCCUCCGCCUCCACCCUGCUGCCUCGUGGUUCCAGCUUCUCCUCCUUCCCCCAUCAGCUGCAGCCAUCCAGCCUCCCACAGGCCCCCACCCACACCGGGACCCAGGCCUCUGUCUCUCAGUGUGGACCGAGCAGCAAAGAGCCAACAACCUUCAGCAACUCCCUUUUCAACCCCAUACCCACCUCCAGCUCUCGCGGGGGUGGCCAUUACAGCACCCACGUGCCUUCCAGCCUGGAGGCACUGCUCACCUCUGACUCCCCUCCGCCCAGUGAUGUCCUGAUGACCCAGGUGGAUCCCCUCAUGCCCAGUCCUGGAGGAGUGGGCCUGAUGGGCCUUGGCACACCAGUAGUAGGUGUGAGGUCCAAACCCAACCAGCUGCUGUUGGGUAAAGGGCUGGAACCGAACACAGUGGCUCCCAUGGCGCUGCAGGCUCAGAUGCAGCAGCGUCACCUUCACCACCAGCAGCAGCAGCAGCCGCCGCACCAGCAGCAGCAUCAACAACAACCACAGCAACAACACCAGCAUCACUCUCAGAUGGGGCUGGGGAUGAUCCUCUCAGGUAUGUCUCAGGACCCGUCACAGCUGUCUGCCCUCAAAGCCCAGCAUGCAACGGUGCCAGCGGUGGGCUCUCAUCAUGGAGGGCCUGUCACCUCAGCCAAUCCUGGUGUGAGCUUGCAGGGGAUGAGUCACUUCGGAGCAGCGUCCUGUUUCCCGCCCGGUCAAGACCGACUGCCCACAGACUUGGACAUUGACAUGUUCACCGAAAACCUGGAUUGUGAUGUGGACUACAUCAUCAACAGUGACCUCAUGGACGGAGAUGGCAUCGACUUCAACUUUGACCCCAUACUGCCUGGAGGCCAAGGCUACGCCGGACCGGCCACUACACAGGGCUCCGCUCACAGCUGGGUGCCCAGCUAAUCUCUUAGCUGACCACAUGGAGUCAGACAGGAACUGAUUUCCAAUCAGGAUAACCUCACAAAACAACAAAACGACCGGUGCAUUCCUCCUCCCUGCUGGCUGAAGAUAGUAUUUUCAAACACACUUCUCUCGGACUUAAAAGACCAGACCUCAGCCAUGUCAUGUGCCAAGAAGACAUGCGGGGGACAGAGAGGAGAUUCAGGCUACUAUGCACAAUAUUUCUCCCUUUUUUUAAAAAUAACACUUGGCUGCUAGCCGUUUUUUUUUUUUCCUUCUAAUCCAAACUGAUGAUUUUUAAAAGACGUGUGACAUGAUGUUUUUAGGAGUGAAAAGACAAAUCAUUAACUCCCCUCAGCUGGGAGUCUGUAUUUCAGUUAUGUUACACCAUAAUAGCUUUAGGGUGGAUACGGUACAUGAUGGCUUUGGUAUUGAAGACUCAAUGGACUGUGCGUUUUUUUGGAGAAAUGGCCAGUUUUCCAUUGACACUUGCAUGAACUGCCAGACCAAAUGCUGUUUGAAGUGCAGUCACGCUGCUGCACCAUGGAAAGGUUUCAUCACAGGAGUUGGAUUGUGUUGUGAACAGGUGGAAGAUACAAGACUGGAUGACUGGAGGUAUAAAAUGUUUGGCUACACAUCUCGCCCAUUUGUGGACUAAGAUUAUUUGUACGAUUUAAAUUUCUCACUUUAGAGAAAAGCAGAUGUUUUUUUUUCCUCCAAUGAAAUUUAGUGAUUCAACAGUUAAGAGGGUCUGUAUUUGCAGUUUGGCAUUUUGACUUCAAUCCAGUGUGUUAUGGUAGAUGUCUGUUAGAGGGUGUUUUUUUUUGUU